UUUGCGGCUAGUUUCAUACGUUCUCAUCAGUGCGGUUGACGGUGGGCGGCUUCGGACGCUAAUCACUUUGCCGAUUCUACUUCUACUUUGCCGUCGUAUUGUAGUCCAGUCAGAGGUCUUACUCAAGCCGACAUGAGACUUUGCUGUAUCUUCACUUCCUUUUGGCAAUUGCUCGUUUUAUUUUCUGUUUUUCAAACUAUUUCAACAGAUGACGACGAUGAUGAUGAUGACAACAAGCAGCAACAGCAGCAACAACAACCGAACGCUGCAGCGAAAUUUGUAAUGCGGACGGACAACGGAGACGAAUUCGCUAAUCCGAAUGGUUGCUCUGGUGUUUGCCCCCCGGAAUCUUCGCUCGUGUUCCAAGGAGGGUGUGCAUGCAAAUGCAGGCCUUCGUGGACCUGGAGACAAGACGUUGGAAAAUGUGUGUUAGAAUCAGGUUGCGAAUUUUCUGUGGUCACUAAUUCUCAUGUGCCAACAAUGCUGUUUGAUACAACCGUUAACCAAUACCUAAAACCAGACCAUGUCGUAAUGAAAAACGGAAAGACCGUUUUAUCCACCGUAAACUAUCAUAUUCCGUCUUUCCGUCUUAUGCGCUUUGAUGACAACAGUUGGACAUUUCCCCCAUUGAACUUGUGGUUUGAUUUCUAUUUCUCAACGAAGAAUGUUCAGUAUGAAGCAAUUAAGUCUCGUGCUAGCAACGAUGAUUUGCAUGAAUACUAUGACUCUCUAGUCAACUUCACUGUUAGUCGCGGGUUACAGAGACAAGGGUGCUUACUGGUGAAAUUUGCAAGACCUGUGACCAGUAACGGUACAACCAAUUUUUCGGUUGUACCACCUUCGUCUGUCCAGGGCAUUGCAGGAACGGCAGCAAUUGGUAAACCAACAAGCAGUGCUAGCGCAAGUGCGUUAAGCUCGUCUACGACUCCGGUACCGACUACUAGGGUAAGUACCACAGCAAGUUCGCUUGUGACAAGUUAUCGAAGCAGUUUGCAUCACACUGCCUUUCCAACUCAACCUCGAGCAUCCGCUUUAGCCGGAACGAACGGCUCUGUUCACCUCGGUAGAACGACAGAUGUACCGACUGAAACCGGUACCGGUAGUGCUACAGUGUCCGGUAAGGUUAGAGUGUCCAUGACCGUAACGUCCUCACGGAGUGUGUCGACCAUUGCAAAUCAACCUACCACACCUAGUAAGUCAGGCACCGUGUGGUAUCGUGAUUCGAGAUUGCAGACUUCGUUCCCAUCGGUCACUCCGUCUGUACCAUCUAUCACUUCUCAUUCGACGUCAAGCGGCAAAGAAGACGUUACGUUGCCGGCGUUAACGUAUGACAUUGCAACUACAUCAGUUACGUCGCAAACGAGUCGCAACGUCGAUUUUUCAGACACGACUACUGGUACUGAUAGUCUGUCGACAUCUUCAACUGUUUUCGAAGCGGGUCAGCGAACAAAAGAUUUACCUGAUGGCAAUUUCUAUCCAAGUUCAAUGCCAGUACACACUAUGACCGCCCGCCCGCCCGUGACUGAUUCAGUGACCGGUUGGACAACCGCCGAUGUCACACCGAGUGAGAACAAAGGCCGGUCAGUCGACAAAGAUAAUGGGAUAGACGUUAUACUGCUGGCUUGCUCUGUUGCUAGUGCUGUCGCUUUCUUACUGUUGCUAGUCACUGUGAUUGUGGUGGUUUGCAGGAAGACGGCCUGCAUCAAAAGGAAAGGUCGGAUACAAGAUGGAAAUGGAGGGCACGUGAUUACAAACUCGAUGCAGCGACUAGCUCCAUCUUCUAGGCCCAACCCGAUGUCAGCGAAUAACAUCUCGGGUCCAUGUUACAACAGUCUGCCAUUACACAGACCACUGCUUCUACAGACGUCUAUCGCAACAGUUGACGAGACGACGUUCGCAAGAUUGGACGGUUUCAAAACGGUCGAUUACGCAAGCGCACCGGUGUACGAAGAACCGGUUAUUCCGCCUCGCCUGGCGUCCGAGGAAAGCAGCCUUGCUUACGAAUCACUUGACAUGCUACGUUUCCAACCACGCGGUUACGAGUGUCCACAAACUGUUUAUACUAAUUCUAAUGCCGUUGCUGCACAACUGUAACAAAAUUUGUAUACUGAAGCAAGCACUUCCCUUAAUUUUAAAAAAUUUCAAAAUGUCUAGAGACGGACAGAAAAGACACGUCAAUGAAAUAUAUUGAAUACUAGCCAUUACA